AGAAGAAGUAGUAGAAGAAGAAGAAGCAGAAGAAGAAGCGCUGUUUAAAAUUAACCGAAGAAGAAGAAGUGGUGUCGCACCAUUAGCAUACGGACAGGCUGUGUGGGUUUAGUCGAUGACAGCUGCUUUCAUCCGCUGUAACGCUGCGACUCAGCUCCACUUUCUGCUCAUCCUGGCUUUCUUAUGACAUCCUACAUACCCGGCUCAGACCUCGCACUAUGUUUGAGGAUCCUGAACUCCAAGAUCCUUUGUCGCUGAGUUUAAAUGAAAACUACAGUGCCCAGACUUCGCCACAUCAGGAGGCAAAAAAAGCCCAAGGAAGCCCCGACUAUACCUGCGAGACCCCAGACAUCCAAGUGAUCAUUAAAGAAGAAGAGGAAGGCUGGACUGUGAGUGAAAACCAUGAGGGUUGCAGCUCGGAGGGAGAAAAAGAGGGGACGUCUGCAGAUGCUUGCCUUCCUCACCACAAAGCAGGCGGGGACGAAAGCUCGGUUUCGUGCGGAAUUACGACGCAGCGUGGAUUAUGUUCACGGCGUAAAUGCUCUGAGGAGUCUGGUGGCUUGACUCUCCAUGGGCAGAGCUCCCCUGCCACAGAGGUUCAGCAGAGACACGCGCACAUGGGCUCUGAGGAGAAACCGAAGAUUUCCUGCGUACGAGGAAAGGAGCCAGGAAAUGUGACUGCACGUCGGUGCAAUAACGCUGGAGAGACGCCUUUUCCUUCCCCAGUACGCGACACCACCUCCAGUCUCAAAAGGAAUAUGAAGUCCCAUCAGAGAACACAUGCAGGGGACGACCAGAGCACGUCUUUACAGUCGGGGGCAGAGCAGCAUCGCACCAAGAGAUCAGCACCAUGCCAGACCGGUUCUUCUGAAUGUAAGCGCCUGAUGUCACACGGACUCAAGGUGGCAUCCGCAAACUUAAGCGACCAAACGCUCCAUUUGACUGUCAGACUGCAGGCAGGGGAAGAGGAGGAGGAAGAGGAGGGACAAGAGGAAGAAAUUGGAGGAUUAAUCAACUCCGAUGGGGAGGUGGUUGAAUGGGAUGCCAGAGAUAGUCCCGACCGAGCCUCUGAUUGCACAGACGAUCCUCAGCCUGGCAAGGACAUUAUCCUGUCUGGGUCCCAACGGCAAAGCUCAAACCAGAGGGACAGCAGCAGUCCAACGCUCAUCAUGGAAGUCGUGUCUGUGGGGGAAGAUGAGGAACGGGAGGAAGGAGAGGACAAACAGAGACCUGUCCCGCCGUUAUAUAGUGGAAAGAGACAGAGAAGAACAAAAGGGAAUCCAGCGAUAUCUUUGGACAACUCAGACAAGGACAAGGACGUUCCAGCGAAUGUUGCAAAGAGAAGAGCAAGAAGAAAGAUUGCAGAAGCUCCGGUGUUGACUGUUGAAGUUUUAGAAGCUGAUCCAGGAAUAUCAAGGCGUAGCCAAAGAAAGAGACGUUUCCGUACAAUUGUGGAACCAGAAGAAUUACACGUAAAAAAUGUCCGCCGUGUUGCCGCAAAACGACCUUAUAGAAGAAGGAAAGACACCAAACCAUCUGCUGAAGAAGAAGGAGAAAACACAGAUGUUUCAGCUGGUAGAAAGCGCCCCGGCAGAAAGAUGGUUCAAGUCCCGAUAGAAAUCCCUCCUGAGCUCCUGAAGAAGCCCAAAGAGAGGAUAGAGUACCACUGCCCCGUGUGCGGCAAAGAAUUCCCUCACGCCUACAAGUUAGAGAGGCAUGCGCUGAUUCACACGGGAGAGAAACCGUACAACUGCUCCAUCUGUGGUCGGGGUUUUAACCAGAAGGGAAAUCUCAAAACGCACUACAAAGUCCACUUAGGUCGUAAAGGUGCUGUGGACUUUGAUGACGAGGUGAGUCCCAUCGCGUCCGAACUCUCCGAUUACUUGAAGUCUCUGCCGGGCGAGUCCAGGAUUCGGUCGUCCCUCCGUUGCCCGGAUUGCGGAAAAGACUGCGAGAGCCAGUCGACUCUACAAGUGCACCACGUCACGGCGCACAGCCAGGCGGCCGGCGAACCGGACGCGGCCGAGCACGGCGAGUCACAGCUCCUCUUCUGCCGCCGCUGCGGCGCUCAGUUCGGCGAAAACGAAAAGCUGGAGGAGCACAUGAAAACCCACGUGAAGGAGAAGCCCUACUCGUGUCCGGACUGCGGCAAGAAGUUCAUCAACGAGAGCUACAUACAAAUCCACCAGCGCAUCCACACCGGGGAGAAGCCGUUCCUCUGCUCCCAGUGCGGCAGAGGUUUCCACACGGCCUCCUCGCUCAAGCUGCACGAGAUGCAGCACUCUGGAGAGAGGCCGUUCGCGUGCUCCAUCUGCGGGAAGACGUUUCGGAUCAACUCUUACCUAACGGCGCAUUACCAGACCCACAUUAAAGACAGGCCGUUCAUUUGUAGCGUGUGCGGGAAGGGCUACUCCAGGGCCGAGGAACUGAAAGUGCACCACAGGCUUCACACGGGGGAGAGACCGUAUGAGUGCGGGGAGUGCGGGAAGAGCUUCAUAUAUCGCCAGGGUCUGCGGCAGCAUCAGCGCACGCACGCCGGGAGACGCAUCGGGCCGACCAGGCAGCUCGGCCGUCCCAAACAGCAGACAAGACUGGACAUCGAGAUGGGCUCUGAAAACCCAGAGGACUUUGGACCAGCUGUGAACCUCCCUGAAGAAGAUCAGCAAGAAAUAGGAGGCCUGAUUAACUCUGAUGGAUUGCGAGCCAUUCCCGGCAUCGUACCCGCGCAGGCUCCUUCAAACAAAUUCGAUCAAAGCGAGAACGAAAAGCCGCCAACUCUUCACAGCUGCUCGGUCUGCGGGAAAGACUUUCCGUACGCCUCGAAACUGCAGCGCCACCUACGUACGCACUCGGGGGAGAGACCUUUCCCUUGCUCCAUGUGCGAGAAGAGAUUCCCGGAGAAGGGGCUUCUCAUGAUCCACGAGAGGGUCCACACCGGGGAAAAACCGUUCCCGUGCACUUUCUGCGAGAAACGUUUCGCCAGCCAGGGGGAGCUCCGGCUUCACCGGCGAACGCACACCGGCGAGAGGCCGUACCACUGCUCCAUCUGCCUGAAGAGCUUCUCCCGCCACUGGCACCUGAAGACGCACCUGGAGGCGAUGCACUCCGAGGUCGUCGCGGGCUUCACGAGGAAGAAGUUCCCCUGUUCGGACUGCGACAAGAGCUGCAACUCGGCCGCCGAGCUGAGGGAUCACCAGAGGACUCACACCGGCGAGAGGCCCUUCCAGUGCUCCUUCUGCGACAAACGGUUCGCCCUGUCCGGCACGCUCGUGAGGCACGAGCGCCUCCACACGGGCAUCACGCCGUAUCACUGCUCCGACUGCGGGAAGACGUUUGCGCAGCAGUGGACCCUGACCACUCACAUGCGGACUCACACGGGAGAGAAACCGUACAGCUGCACGCAGUGCGACAAGUCCUUCGUCGCUCCCGGGGAGCUUCGGAGGCACACCAGGAUUCACACCGGGGAAAAGCCGUACACCUGCGGCGACUGCGGGAGACACUUCUCGUUGGCAGGUACUCUCAGAAACCACAGGCGAUCAUGCACACAGAGUAAGAAUGAAUCAAAUACAGUUACUGACUCAGGCCUAAGUCAAGAUGCAGUUGGCGAAGCGUCCCAGCGAGAUCUCGCAAACGACACAAGCUCGGAGGUGUCUGACGUCCAGAGUUUGUUGGGCGGGACUGAGCCCGUUUCCUCAGGCGGCGUUAACGGCGACAAAGACAGAGCAGCUCAGUGUGAAAAUAAACAGAAGGAGCGAGUUGAUCAGUCAGAGGACACCAGCUCCAGUCCGCAUAUGAAUGUAAUAGUAAAAGAAGAGGAAGAAGAGGAGCCUUUGUGCGAAGAAACUUCAGAUCAGGCGUCUGGUGGUGAAGCCCGCACCAGCCCAGAGGAGCCCAAAGAGCAGCAUCAGGAAAACAACACAGAAAUUAGUAUUACAGUAAAGGAGGAAGAAGAGGAACCUGUGAACAUCUCUAGAGAAGAUCUCGACCACGUCGCUGACAGCGGAAAAGACAGUCCUCCAGCAUCACCAGGACAGGAGCAGUUCGGUAGCAGGCUGGCGAAGAGCUCGUACUGCUGCGGGCUGUGUGGAAGAGACUGUCACAAGAUGUCCGCCCUGCAGAUCCACAUGCGGAUUCACUCGGGGGAGAAACCGUACCAGUGCACGCUGUGCGGCAAACAGUUCACCCAAAAAGGUCAGCUCAAAGGCCACUACAAAGUUCACACGGGGGAGAAACCGUUCUCGUGCCCCGACUGCGGCAAGAGCUUCGCCCACUCGGGGGCGAUGAACAGACACCGGCUCACGCACACGGGAGAGAGGCCGUACCACUGCUCCGUGUGCGACCGCAGCUUCAACCAGUCCGGCCGCCUGAGAGAGCACGAGAAGAUCCACUUCGGGGAGAAGUUUGACUGUUCCGAGUGCGAAAAGAGCUUCACCCGGGCCUCGAGCCUCAAGAACCACUUCAGGCUCCACACGGGGGAGAGGCCGUACGGCUGCGACGUCUGCGGACGAGGCUUCAGCCGCUCGCAGAGCCUGAGGCUCCACAAACGAAAGCACGAGCUGAUUCAGACUGAGGAGGAGUCGGCGUUCGGCGCGAAGAGCGACGACUUCUCGCAGAGCGACGAUAAUUCUCCGAUUAACAUGUGCACAACAGACAAAAAUGAAUGAUGUAUUUAUAAAAACCAGAUAUGAACCAGUAGUAUUAUCACGAGGUUUUAGACAGUUUAAACGUGGACUGAAUGACGGGAAACUAAGGGACUACCUCCUCCAAUAGAGACUGCCAUUGAAUCUUCACGUGGUGGUUUACACAAAAAGUGUUGAAGCUAAAAUAUGUUACUCCAAAAACAGUGAAGACAAAUUAAGAAACACUCGUCAGACGAUCUGCUCGUCAGUUUCAGACAAAACGACCAAACAAAUGUCACUACUAAAACUUUUUGCAAAGUCUUGGAAACUAUUUAAAUGUUGAACUUACUGUGAUUUAUCACACUCACAUUUAGAGUAUUAUGCUAGGACAAAUGAGUCAUUUAAAAUGUGUGAUUUCACUUUUUCCAUAAAGUAUUUGUCAUCGAACUAAACACAUAAUGUUGGAAGUUUAUCUAAGAACACUUGUGUUUUUGUAUCAGUCGCUAAAGAGCCACUGAGCAGUUUAAAAAUCAGGUGAAACUGGAGCCAGUAAAGAGACAUGGAAUCAUAAUAUGCAUAAGAUCUUUGCCAAAACCAAAACCUCUGCCUUUGUGGUGAAUCGCAUCUCAGUUUUGUGCUGCCGUUAUUUAAGAACCAAAUCAUGAGUCAAGUUCACCUGGUUUUCAGAGCUCUCAGUUUAAGGCCAUUUUAACUAUGUAAGGUGAUGAUACUAAAGGCAUUAUUUUGAAGCCAUGUAGAUGGAAAAUUUAGACCAGUACUCCCUCUGUCUAAUUGUAUGGGACAUGUUAUAAUGAACAAUAAACAGUGAAAUUAC